AUGCCUUUAUUUAAAAAUAAUUUUUUGUUAAUUUGUUUAAUUAUUUUUGUUAUUGUAAAUUAUGUUGUGGGAAUGGAAGGGAAUGGUAGAAAUGAAGGAAAUCGAAGACGGGGAAGACGGAAUGAAAGGCAAGAACAUGAAGCGAAUGAGGAGUUUGGAAUUGAGUAUCCCAUCAAUUUACCCAAUCAACAAGCUCCGGUAAAUUAA